AUGGAAUGCGAUAUGCAAUAUUUGAAUCAAAUGCUGAUGCGAUUAUUUGGUGAACAUUCACUUCAAGUGGAUGAUAAUGAUUGUCAAUAUAAUAAUACUGACCAAUGUAAAACUGAACCUAUGGAAGUGUCUAGUACGACUGGACCAGAACAAUCUUUUACACCAACAACACAUAUGACUACUAGUAAAUGUCAACCAUACUGUCUAGUUAUAUUCAAUAAUCCAAGAUGGUCUCGAAUUUUACACAAAACAUCGACACAGAUGCCCAAAACAAAUCCUCGAGAAGCAAAACAGCAACCACAAGCAGCAUCACAACAACACCACCACGAAAAUUUGCAAGCAUCAACCAACAAAACAGUUCAAUCUUUAGUCAAACCCGAAGUCAAAGAAAACUCUUUGGAUGAUAUUUUUGUUACUGAAUUAAAAAAGCUCAUCACAGAUUACAUUCAACGUACAACACGACCCUUGCCACUUAAAUAUUUUCUUGAUUUCACACACCAAUAA